AUGUUUACUUUUGCAGACGAAGUCAUCACGUACAACAUCGGCGUUUUACCAAGCCAGUUCUACGUGGUGCUCGGCGGCAAGGAUGAAAAUGGGUACAACAGCCUGGUAAUUCGCGCCAUGUUAAUCACCAUCGGCAAAGCAUUGGUACCCGUUUUCUUACUGUUCGUCAUUGUCGACCCAAGCACUGGCUAUCACACGAAGGUAAUCGAGGGGAGCGAUGAUGACACGGUGGCUGAGAUGCUCGCCAGCCUGAAGUUCACGACCAACAUAUUGUACCUUCACUGGAGACGGUUGAUCACGACGCGAAUGCACUUGCUGUACCUGAAAAAAUUCGUCUUCUACCAUAUAUGCCAAACGUGUCCGGUGAUCGAUAAUCCGUGGGAACAUGUUUCGAUUUUAUGGGCGCAGGACAUCGAGAAGACUUCGUUGUACUUCUCGAAUAUUUUUGUCAACAUCAUUUUGGCACCGUUCAUCAUCAUCUUCUACAUGUACCAAACAUGGAAGCGAACCGAUUACAUUGGCCCCGUAGCCGUUAUCAUCUACUUCAUCGUGGCUACCGUCUUCAACAAGUUCUUCAUGUCACCGGUAGCCAAGGUGGUGUUCCAGCAAGAAAGAAAGGAGGGAAAUUUCAGGUUCAAGCACGUGGCGAUUCGAAACAACGCCGAAGCGAUUGCGUUUUACAAAGCCGCGUCGUUGGAGAAAUGCCUGGCUGACCAGGAACUGAAAAGCCUGUUAAGCACUCAGCAGAAGCUGAUGAUUUUUCAAUACCCUUUGAUCUUUAUCAUCAACUUUUUUGACUAUUUCGGUGCCUACCUUAGUUAUAUGAUUGUCGGAGUGACGAUCUUCUACCUCCAUAUCUAUGAUCAUGCUUCAACCCUUGAACUCACCGGAAUAAUAAGUAAGGUAUGCGAAACAAAAUUUCACGUCAUCGGUUGGGUGGUCCAGUUUUACGAAACCUUAAGGGAAAUUAAUUUGACAGUCGAUUGGUCCUCAAAGGAAUCUGAUCACGGCUCCUCUUCGGAUUCUGUAACGAGAGAUCAGAUCAACGGUGAUUCUGACGCGGAUGAUAGAAAGCAGCUCCUUACCACUGAAUCGAAUCAGGACAUCGCGUUUCGAUUGCAAAACCUUUCCUAUCGUCAACCUCAAACAAACGUGCUCCUCUUGAAAGGUAUUUGUAUAAAGAACCUGCCAUGCCGUUUGCCAGACGUGUUCUUCUCACCUCAGAAACCUUAUUUUCCAAGAGGUUCCCUCAGGCAGCAGAUAAUAUAUCCAACCAAUGCGUCGGCUGUGCCUAUGGACCCGGAAGAACGUUCCCGCCUUGAUGAUCUCUUACGUUUGGUCAAACUUGAACAACUUUUGCACAGAGCAAACGGGUUCGAGGCAGAUAUCACCUGGGACUGGGGUGCGGUACUCACUCCGGGCGAAAUGCAGAGGCUUUCGAUACUGCGUGUGCUGUACCAUAAACCACAAAUUGCCUUCCUGGACGAAGCCACGAGCGCGGUGACUGAUGGUGUCGAACGCGACAUAUAUGAAAGCCUCCGUAAGGAAGGUAUUACAUACGUAUCGGUUGGACACCGAACCACGUUAGAAAAGUACCAUGAUUUGAAGCUUCACAUUGGAGUAAACGGUUCUUGGAGCAUCUCGGAGAUCAACAGGAGCAAAAUGUAA